ACGUCGUCCUUCACCCCUGGCACACCAAACAAGACACCUGGAUUUACCUGUUCCGACGAAUUUCGAAUAAUGAGUGGAGCACCCACAAGGGUGAUUCUUCUCGCAAAGGAAAGAAGCCAAAAGUUCUUCGCCUCCGAGUCGGAAAAGUUUUCCUACAAAAUCGAAAAAUUCCUGACCGUGUAUCAGGGUUACAACCAGAUUAAGCCGAAAGUGUUUCCCAAACGGCUGACUACGAUGUUCUCCAAGGAUGUAGUCGCCACCGAAGAAAAGCGGGACUACUUCAGUAGUAGCCAGCCAUCGUCUACCUCGUCGCUGAGGCGGCAUCAGCGCGAGAGGGGCCUCCGGGAGGGGGACAUUGACACCAGCAGCAAGAUUCGAAUCGUUCUGCCGGCGCCCCAAUCCGGCCACCAGCGGUCAACUGCGUCUCCAACGCUCUUGCGAUCGCUAGUUACACCACGCACAAGAAGAACAGCCCACGCCGCCGCCGGACCUAAAACUCCCACCAAAGUAGUGCUCACCAACCCGGCAAGGGGUAACGAAGCCAUACUGUGCCCACGUGUAAUGCUAACCUACCAGGAGGGGUUGUUCCGUAAGGAUCGAGACAUGGUCCGGAAUGACAGUGAUGUGUAAUUCGUGUGGACGUGUGUGGGAUACGUAAUUUAAGUGAACUUAAUGUUUAUGUACGAACGAAGAAUGCUAAAACCGUUGCAUUUAGAGCCUCCCGCAUUCGCAGCCGUUGCAAAUCUAUAAGCUUUCGCUGACUGAAAAGAAUAAUACAAUGCUGAUGUACCAACCAUCUAAGAUGAAUAUAAAAGCAGCCGUCCAAGCUUCUGGACCAACCAGUCAUCAUCCGGGAUUGCUCCUGGGACCACAAAUAACCUACCCCCAAUCCGGAAUCCCCCACACCAGGAUGGCUCGUCUAACGCUAUCGUUCUUGAUCUCGCUCUCCAUCUACUUCACGUACCAGGCCUUGGCCAGUGAAGCCCUUUCGACCAGUGGGACCAGAAGCACCAGCAGCAGUGCACAAUCCGCCAGAACUUCGGAAACAAUGGAAAACCUCCUGGGUCGGGAUGACAAGCUGCCAAGUGUGUGGUACAAAAAUGCUUACAAUCGGAGAUCCGCCGCCGGACCAAUCGCUCCCGGUCACAUCGGAACGUACGCCGUCCUGCAGAGGUCCCCAUCAGGUCCGAUGGGUCCGAAACUCCCGCUAGCGUACGUGGCCGACAUCAAUUUCAUCGAUGACGAAGACGUGGAAAAGCGGUUCGACGAUUACGGCCACAUGCGGUUCGGAAAACGUGGUGGUGGUGGCGGCGAAGGAGAACAGUUCGAUGACUACGGUCACAUGAGAUUCGGACGACGGCGACGGCGGUAAAUCGCCUUCGCUUGGUACUGGGGUGCGCGUGUGGCAGCGCUUAUAACUAAGAAGAGCCAUUGUUUCGACAUCGACCUUCAACUCGUCUUAUUGUGCAACUCUUUGUGGCGGCUGGUGACUUCUCUUCGUUUGGGUUUUAAAAGGUGCAAAAUGAGCAAAUUACAAGAAUAAUGAGUGUGGAUAAAUCUGAAUAAAAUCUGAACCAUGAAA